CGGCAUGCUUCACCCUGCAGGUAAGAGAGAGAUGCAGAGGGGAAUGGGCAAUGUUCCAAGACCGCUUGGCCAAUGCCGAUAAACAAUACUUUGCACAACUCGGACGCAGUUAAAGAAGAAAACCGUCAAUAAAAACAUUUCCUCCUUUUUUGGCUGGUUGGAAUUUGUACAUGGAACUCCGGUCCGGUUUUCCUUGGAGUUACCGCCAGGCUCUCUCGUGUUAGUAGAGACUAGAGAGAGUAGGCAAACAUGGCUCAUACAUAUUUCUAGUGAGCAGUGAAAGAAGCUGGAAAACAAUAUAUCAUUGUGCAUAGCCACCCCAAAUUUUAAACAUUUAUUUAUAGUCAAAUGAUGAUUUUUUGUUGGUACUCUAUGUUAUUAUAAUUUUCCUAUGAAAAAAAACGUCCUGAAAAUAAAGCACAAAUCUCUGUCUCAAGGCUUUGGGAUUCUAUAGAGUUAUCACCUCCAUUGACGAUUGUAGCCCUGACCGUCAUUAAACAGCAGGGUCUUUGGCAAUUGAUUAGGUGAUGGGUAUGGCUGAACAAUCUGAACUAGUGGACCUUUCUUGGAACAGAGGAGAUGUGUAUGAAGAAGAAGAUGGUGAGAAUGUGAUGGAACUGCUCAAUAUUCUCGGUGAUGAUUUCUAUCCGGGAGGAGACAACUUUGUUGUUGAUGAUUUUGAUGCUACGAAGUUGGGACCCAUCCCUUUCGACGAUGCAUUCGUUCCCUUUCCCCUUAACGGCACCAUCCAAAACGAUUCGUCGAAUCCGCCAUUCUUCCUCAAGUCUUCUUUCUCUCAAAAGCAGCAACUGAAUGAAGGUCCACUUCUUGGUCACAAGAAUAAAAACUGUGAGGUUGUAAUGUACCAGACACAGAGUCCAGUCUCUGUCCUUGACACUACUACUACUACUAUUACUAGUGCCUCAUCAUCCUCCAGCUCAAGCGGAAAACCGGGCGAGCCCACAAAUCCAGAACAAACCGUACCCGUGCGGCGACCCCGGUCCAAACACACCCGAUCUUCGACUGUCAAUCCAUGGCUGCUCAUCCCCCCUCCUAUAAUCACAACUCCACACGUCGCCAAAAAGAAAAUGAAGAGGAUGCCGUCCCGGAAGCCCGGUGGGCCCGUCGGGCCCGGUGGCCUGUUUAAGAAGUGCUCACAUUGUGAGGCGACGGCGACACCGCAGUGGAGGGCGGGACCAUUGGGCCCCAAGACACUGUGCAAUGCGUGUGGGGUCCGGUACCGUUCCGGUCGUCUCUUCCCGGAGUAUCGACCCGCGGCUAGCCCGACGUUUGUCCCUUUGGUCCACUCCAACUCCCACAGAAAGGUGAUAGAAAUGAGAAGCAAGGUUCAUGAACCGGAGCCGGUUCGUGAUUUUCCGGUGUCGCCGUCGCCGGAAUUUGUCCCCAUGAGUGGUUACCCGUUUGAUUGCAUAUACUGAGGGGGAGAAAUUUUCAUUUUUUUUGGAUUUACAAAGUAAUGCUUUGUUCAUUUUGAACAAUUUUAUUUGUUAUUGUUCUUGAGCAAGAAAAGAGGAUAUGAUAUGGUCCUCUGUUGUAUUAGAUUAAUUAGAUGAGUGUUUAGGCCUUUGAUUGCAUUUAUUUUUUCAGUAAUGAUCAUUGAAUUAUUUUAAUGCAUAUUUUCUACCACUCCCUUUUAUUCAUUUAUUUAUUCAAAUAAUGUGAAUAAAAAAUGGGACUCACAAUU